ACGCGAUUAACCGAUUCGAACCAAAUAGAAACUGAACGGAAAAAGAUUGAAGAAAAGAUAAGAGACAAGCAAACGACCGACCUAGAAUAUCAUAAUGCAACUAAAAAAGGUGCAAAAGACUACAAGAACCUUUAUUCCAAGCAGUCUAGGAGAAGUCACUGUUUUGGAUUAUGCAAACUCCCAAAUGGUUUCCAUCAACAUGGGACUCGCCGCUGAAGAAAAUAGCACCUUUAAGAUUAUCCAUGUCAUAGAUUUAGAGGCUUAUGAGACUACUUUGCUAGGGGAAUCCAUUGAAAAUAUAUCAAAUACGAAUCCGAUCUAUCCGUUUCGUAAUUAUGAAUUAGCACAAAUGAAAAGCGAUCUGUCUAAAUGGUUCGCAUGGAAAUGGUUAAAAAUGAAGUACCUGACCCAAGAUCACCAAGAUUAGGAAGUAAUAAUCAAGAAAAUUAAUGAACAGCUGGAAAACAAUAAUCGUCAAGUCGUUAUAAAUAUAAUCACAAGUCAAAGAAUAAACGAGCUUACUGAAAUCACGAAUGCAAUAGUGAAAUUCACUUAAGAAAGCAAUGAAGUAAAAAUGGAAAAAAACCAUACUAAAGUACGAAAUGCAAUUAUUAAAAGAAGAAAUCAGAAAUAUUGUUCAUUCAAUUAGUUGGGCUAAGACCGAUAUCGUUAAUCCAGUUAUUUUAACUAAACAUGAACUAGUGGCAAUAGAACUACAUAAUUCUAGAAAAUAAGAAAUUACAUUUCGUCAACUUAGAAGAAAUGCUUGAAUUUGCUAAUAUCAAAAUAGCCUCAAAUGGAAUUAACUAGCAAAGAGAAUUGUAACAAAAUC